AAGCGAAUGACUUGCCGUGCGCUGCGCUGCGUGCAUUUUUGUUCCGCCGCCGGACGCAUUGGAUUAAGAUGGAUUGGCUUAUUGGUACGCCCGCCAGAAAGCAGGCAAGCACGCACUAGUCCCGAGGCAAUUAUUGCAAAAGAGAAAGAGCCCAAAGCGUGUGAACCUUUCCGCACGCACACACACACACACGUAGGGAAGAAGGAGCGGGGGGAGUAAACUGUAGCGAUUGUGCGAGAAGAUCUGAUCGGCAAUUUAAACAUUAAACACACCACCAUCACUACAAUCAAGUAAAAAACAAGAUGGCAAGAGCUGCAUCAAAGAAACAAGCGGCACAAAAUGCCAUGAUGGUACGUAUUCUUACGUAUGGAUUCUUGAUCACAAAUACACUUCAUCUCUUUUUCAUCUUUGGUCCUUUUCGUAAUAAAGCAAAAUCUUUGUUUUGGCCAAUAAUAAAGUAUGCAAUCACUGAGCUCAUUGCUGGUGCUUUGGGAUUAACACUUCGAAGUAUGGCAAGUCAAGGUGAUGAUUUGGGACAACAUGGUCUGACAGCAUACAUGUUUGAUAUCAUUUACGUUACCUGGUUCACACACGUUACCACCGCUUUGAUCUCCGCCAAAUUCUGGUACACUUACCUCGUCAUUCCACUGUAUGCUGCUUAUUUCGGCUACAACAAGCUCAUUGUUCCGUUUGUCCUUGGAGGAAGGGAUCCGAUUCGCAGUGUUAUCUCAAUGGUCACAGGAUCUGCAGGACAACCUCAAUCCGCACAAGCCAAUCAAACACCAGCCGAUCAACAACCAGCGCAGAGUAAACGACAGGCAAAGCUACAGAAACGAGCCGAUCGUGGUGAUCCACGCAUUCAAAUGCGACAACAGCGACAAUGAGAGGGGAAGGCGCCAGCUAGAAGAGAAGUGUAUCACCUACACCAUUCAAUGUACAAAAGAAGCAUUU